AUGUCCCCCUUGCUACACACUUCCCUUGCCCUCUCCCUAUUAUGGCUGCCUCUCUGCACUCAAGCCCAUAUGCAGAUGAGCUGGCCAUACCCCCUACGAAGUCCCCUUGAUCCUGACAUCAGCCCUGAUGCAAAAGACUAUGACAUGACGUCCCCGUUGUUCGCGGACGGCUCUAACUUUCCUUGCAAGAACUACCAGAAUACUCCCGAUAGCUAUGUCACCAAAGCAACUUACCUGGCCGGCGGUACCUACGACAUGUGGUUGAACGGGACAGUCCCACACGACGGAGGCUCUUGUCAACUAUCUCUGUCUUAUGACAACGGAGCUACAUUCAAAGUCAUCAAAUCCAUCAUCGGCGGAUGCCCCUUGACACACAACUACGCCUUCACGAUUCCGAGCUUUGCGCCCUCUUCCGAUUCGGUGCUCUUCUCCUGGUCUUGGUUUAAUCUCAUCGGAGAUCGCGAGAUGUACCAAAAUUGUGCCCGGGUUGAGAUCGUUGGUGGCUCGAGCACACGGCAUCGACGAGGCUUGCCGUAUCGACGACAGGUUGCUUCAAUGGAUCGGCUACCCAAUAUGUUCGUGUGCAACGUGAACAACGGCUGUCAAACCAUCGAGCAGCGAGAAGUGGUUUUUCCAGAUCCCGGGAGCGAUGUUGUCUACGGCCAGGAUGCCAUCGUUCCAGAUCCAGGUCCGGGGUUUACCAUCAACGGCGUCGCUGCUUCAACUACUUCUGAUUCCCUGACCACCUCCGUCUCUACGCAACUCGAUCUCGUCACGACGACUGGGACAUCCAGCAGUUUGGAGGUUCCCACGUUAACAACAACGUUCACGACUCAGACUACUCGGCCCUCCUCGACUGGAACGACAACCACUGUUGGAACUACAACGGUGGACACCACUACCACAUCUAUGCUCGUCUCCCCAGGGGCUUUCUUCACGACCGAUUCGACCACACUGAGCACCUUCUCAACCACCACCACGCCUUUUACUUCGGGAACAGGAAGCGUCGUGGAUAAUUUGGCUGAAUCCACGACGUCUUUCAGCACAUUGACGACAACCUCAACCUCUCUUGCCCCUUUCCCCCUGACUAACAGUUCAACUAUUACGUCCGCCAUUGCCUUGGGCACUGUCCACGACCAUUUCGAUGACGACUACGACACCGACGACACUUACGACACCGACGACACUUACGACACCUACGACACUUACGACACUUACAACUAUGACAUCGACGACGACGACGACGACCACAACGACGACGACUCCCACGACGCUAUUCGAUCUUGCGACAUCUUUGACAACUACAGUGACGACUCCCACGACUUCAACGACUACCGGAACGACAAGCACUAUUUCUACGAUGACAACAACAGCAAGCAUCACACUGUCAACCACUUUUACGACAUUGGUACAGGUUGCGUCUACGACCACGACCACGACCGCUACCACUUCUCCGACCACUCUCCCACUGCCUUGUGUCCCCGGAACAUUUACAUGCAAUAG